CUCGGGGCUGCAGGCUUUGGGAGGCUGGGAGGGGAGAAAGGGAGGGGCGCUGACUGGGCAGUCCAAAGAGGAGGGGGCCUUUAAUAGGCUCGCCCAGCGCCUGGUUUGCGGCGCCGCGAGAGGCUGCGGCUCGAAGAAGCGGCCCGGCACCUCCUCUAGUUCUCGGCUGCAAAUCUCCGUCCUUGCACUUGACAGCGAUUGUACUUAAGCUCCCAGAGCGCGCUUUGCUGUGGAAAGGCACAGGUAGGAGGCGCGGGCUGCUCCGUGCACUCUCACUCCUCUGGGAGGAGUUUCUCUCCCUUUGCUCUGCUUUCCGGGAGCUACUGACUGCCCCGGAGCGUUGGUGGUUCCCCUGUGCCGGCUGCAAGGAGACUCGCCGGCGGGGGAGCGGGGCCGAGCCCUUCGGAGAGCGCGGCCGUGCGCUGCCCGGCGCCAUGCUUCUGCUGGGUAUCCUAACCCUGGCUCUCGCCGGGGUACCCGCAGGCGGGUCAGAGCCAGAUCAGGAGGUGGUGGUCCCCAUCCGACUGGACCCGGACAUCAACGGCCGCCACUACUACCGGAGGGGUCCCGAGGACUCAGGGGAUCAGGGACUUAUUUUUCAGAUCACAGCAUUUCAGGAGGACUUUUACCUACACCUGACUCUGGAUGCUCAGUUCCUGGCGCCCGCCUUCGCCACAGAGCAUCUGGGCUUCCACCUCCCGGCACUCACCGGGAGCUCUCCAGACUUGCGACGUUGCUUCUACUCUGGGGACGUGAACGCCGAGCCAGAUUCCUUUGCCGCUAUGAGCCUGUGCGGGGGUCUACGCGGAGCUUUUGGGUAUAGAGGCGCCGAGUAUGUCAUUAGUCCGCUCCCCAACGCCAGCGCGCAGGCGGCACAGCGCAACAACCAGGGCGCACACCUCCUCCAGCGCCGGGGCGCCCCCGGCGGGCCUCCCGGAGAUCCCACCUCUCGAUGUGGGGUGGCCUCAGGCUGGAACCCUGCCAUUCUGCGGGCGCUGGACCCUUACAAGCCGCGGGAGGCCGGCUUAGGAGAGAGUCGCAGUCGGCGGAGGUCCGGGCGCGCCAAGCGCUUCGUGUCUAUCCCCCGUUACGUGGAGACUCUGGUGGUGGCGGACGAGUCAAUGGUCAAGUUCCACGGCGCGGACUUGGAGCAUUAUCUGCUAACGCUGCUGGCCACGGCGGCACGACUCUACCGCCAUCCUAGCAUCCUCAACCCCAUCAACAUCGUCGUGGUCAAGGUGCUGCUUCUUGGAGACCGCGACACAGGGCCCAAGGUCACGGGCAACGCUGCCAUGACGCUGCGCAACUUCUGUGCCUGGCAGAAGAAGCUGAAUAAAGUGAGUGACAAACACCCAGAGUACUGGGACACGGCCAUCCUCUUCACCAGGCAGGACCUGUGUGGGGCCACCACCUGUGAUACGUUGGGCAUGGCUGAUGUGGGCACUAUGUGUGACCCCAAGAGAAGUUGUUCUGUGAUCGAGGAUGAUGGGCUUCCAUCAGCCUUCACCACUGCCCAUGAGCUGGGCCAUGUGUUCAACAUGCCCCAUGACAAUGUGAAAGUGUGCGAGGAGGUGUUUGGGAAACUCCGAGCCAACCACAUGAUGUCCCCAACACUCAUCCAGAUCGACCGUGCCAACCCCUGGUCUGCCUGCAGCGCUGCCAUCAUCACUGACUUCCUGGACAGUGGGCAUGGCGACUGCCUCCUGGAUCCACCCAGCAAGCCUAUCUCCCUGCCUGAGGACCUGCCUGGUACCAGCUACACCCUGAGCCAGCAGUGUGAGCUGGCCUUUGGCGUGGGCUCAAAGCCCUGUCCCUACAUGCAGUACUGCACCAAGCUGUGGUGCACCGGCAAGGCGAAGGGGCAUAUGGUGUGCCAGACCCGCCACUUCCCCUGGGCAGAUGGCACCAGCUGUGGCGAGGGCAAGUUCUGCCUCAAGGGGACCUGUGUGGAGAGACAUAACCUCAACAAGUACAAGGUGGACGGCUCCUGGGCCAAGUGGGAGCCCUAUGGAACCUGCUCACGCACCUGCGGCGGGGGCGUGCAGCUGGCCCAGAGGCAGUGCAGCAACCCUACCCCUGCCAAUGGGGGCAAGUACUGUGAGGGAGUGAGAGUGAAAUACCGAUCCUGCAACCUGGAGCCCUGCCCCAGCUCAGCUUCCAGCAAGAGCUUCCGGGAGGAGCAGUGUGAGGCUUUCAACGGCUAUAACCACAGCACCAACCGGCUUACCCUUGCCGUGGCAUGGGUGCCCAAGUACUCCGGCGUUUCUCCUCGGGACAAGUGCAAGCUCAUCUGCCGAGCCAAUGGCACUGGCUACUUCUAUGUGUUGGCACCGAAGGUGGUGGAUGGUACACUGUGUACUCCUGACUCCACCUCGGUCUGUGUCCAAGGCAAGUGCAUCAAGGCUGGCUGUGACGGGAACCUGGGCUCCAAGAAGAAAUUCGACAAGUGUGGGGUGUGUGGGGGCGACAAUAAGAGCUGUAAGAAGGUGACAGGCCUCUUCACCAAGCCCAUGCACGGCUACAAUUUUGUGGUGGCCAUCCCUGCGGGUGCCUCGAGCAUUGACAUCCGCCAGCGUGGCUACAAGGGGCUGGUUGGAGACGACAACUACCUGGCCCUGAAGAACAGCCAAGGCAAGUACCUGCUCAAUGGGCACUUCGUGGUGUCGGCCGUGGAGCGGGACCUGGUGGUAAAGGGCAGCCUACUGCGCUACAGUGGCACGGGGACGGCGGUGGAGAGCCUGCAGGCCUCCCGGCCCAUCCUGGAGCCCCUGACUGUGGAGGUCCUCUCCGUGGGCAAGAUGACACCACCCCGGGUCCGCUAUUCCUUCUACCUUCCCAAAGAGCCUUGGGAGGACAAGGCCUCCCACCCCAAGGACCCCCGUGGCUCCUCGGUGCACCACAACAGUGUCCUCAGCCUCUCCAAUCAAGUGGAACAGCAGGACGACAGGCCCCUGGCGCGCUGGGUGGCAGGCAGCUGGGGGCCUUGCUCUGUGAGCUGUGGCAGUGGCCUGCAGAAGAGGGCGGUCGACUGUCGUGGGCCCCCAGGGCCACGCUCCACGUCUGCCUGUGAUGCAGCCCAUCGGCCAGUGGAGAUGAGAGCCUGUGGGGAACCCUGCCCGACCUGGGAGCUCGGCGCCUGGUCGCCCUGCUCCAAGAGCUGUGGCCGGGGAUUUAAGAGGCGUCCGCUCAAGUGUUUGGGCCCUGGAGGGCGGCUGCUGGCCCGGGACCAGUGCAACCUGCGCCGGAAGCCCCAGGAGCUGGACUUCUGUGUCUUGAGGCCGUGCUGAAUGGGACUGUCCUUUUCUCCUCCUCACUCUCCGCCCCAUUGGUGCUGCCAGGGCUCUGGCCAGCUGGAGCCAUGGGCAGAGGGCGGUGGCCGGGUGUCAAGGCCAUAACGUCACUCACUUCCAGGGACAAGGACCAUGGGCAGGGCUAAGAGGUCCCUUCCUCCUCCCUGGCCUGGGCGGGGGAAGCCAAGUGACUAACGCACAGUCUACCUCACGCCCGGCUCCUCCAGGGCCCAGUCUCUGGGAGAGGCUGAGAGGUGCGGGCACUGGGCAGAGGCUCUGGGGCCCAGUUUCUGAGGGACCUGGAGGAUGGGCACCUCCCAGGCAGAACUUCAGGGACCUUGGCCCCCGUAAGGGAGGCCACAGGCUGCUGGAAGAGCCAUGGCCCAGCAGCUUGGCACCCUCAGGUGGCCCCGGGGGCUCUAAGCCGUUUCUGAACAAGGCAGGUUUCUAUGGUGCUGUCAGCCCGCCUUUCCUUUCUGACUGACCAGGACUGAAUAAUGAAAAACACAAUGGCUGGUGUGGGCAGAAACUGGUAGGAGAGUGGGGUGAGGAAUAACAAGUCUGGGAAGAGGUUUAUGUGUAGGGGGAGUCCGGAGCUUUCUCAUCUUCCUUCUACUCCUGACCCUCCGUCAAGAGCUGCCUCUUCUUCCUGUGUUGUCCAGGACAUUAGGCUGGGUGGAGGGCUUCCAAGUAUGUGCUCGCUGAGGCUUUGCAAAUAGGUACUGGAAGUCAAUAAGGAGUCUAUUGCCUUCUUCAGGAAGGAUUGGACCAUUGAAAAAAGAUGGAAGGGAUGAUGGAUUCUGUGGUGAAACAGGGAGCUUGAGCAGUGGCCUAGAAUGUUCUGUGUCACUGGGACUGGGCUUGAGGUUUGGGGCAAUGUCACCCUGGGAUGGGGAGAAGUCCUCAGUUUCAAUGACUCCUUCCUCCAGAGAGGUAGGUAUAAAUAGGGCUGCUGCCUUGGGCUCUGUGUUGCCUCAGAGAACCUUCAGAGUGGCCACUAAGAGGGACGUGGGAGAUGCCCAGGAGGGUUAGGUGCUGAACAUCCAUAUGCCUGGAGGUGGGUCCUUCAUCUGGACAGCUACAUGUGGUCUGGCUUUGGGCACAUCACAUGGCAUUGCAGUUGGAUAAUGGGGUUCACUGUUUGCUACCUCAGGCUAUGCUCUUUGGGUACACACACCUGUCCCUUCCCUGGGGCAGUGGUGACUCUGGUGCUUCCAGUGGACCUGGCUGUUGUCCUCUGCAGACUGAGCUGCCCAGACACAAAGAUAAGUGUGUGGUACAUGGCUUCCUUCCCCCAGAGCCUGGCCACCCACUAGGGCUCCAAAAAUGAAAGCAGGAUCUCAGGUGCCUUGGGGACAGGCUUCAGGAGACACAACAAUCAAUGACCUAAAAAAAAAGAAAGUCAGAAAGAAAGAAAAUCAAUGACCUGACCCAGAGGCACUUGGCAGCCACCAAAGGGAACUCCUGUCUAUCCUAGAGACCUGUUGGGGCUGUAGAAACCAGGGUGUUUCCUGGCGCUCCAAGUGGGAAGAUGUUCUGGGGUGAGAGAGUGUUUGGUCAAGCAGGGUACUUCUUGAGGGUGCAGCUGCUCCCGCACGAAUGUGGGAGAUUCUGCUUCUGAGUUAGGUAAUAUGUCCUGGACUUUAGUGAGGUGAUACGGGGGCAAGUGUCUUCCCUGAGAAAGGGCCUCAGUCCUUUUAUUUGGCUUCCCCUAGUAGGCAGACUCCACAAACCAGCCAUUCAGGUAAACCUCUGGGAUGGUGCUCUAAUCCCAGCCCAGCCCUGGGCUGAGCCCUUGACCGGAACCCCCACAGCAGGGUAGAGGGUGUGUGGAUCUCUGAAGCAGAGCUGCAGCCAUUCCUGGAGAAUGAAGCAAGGAGGUAUCUUCCUCCCUGUAUAGAGAAACCGUGGGGCUGAGACCAUCAAAAGGACGCAGGGCACCAGGGCAGAUGUAGACCCCCACUAGCCGACGAUAGCACUGCUCUCCGUGCUUGGUGCACCCCUCGGUGAGGAGAGGGUGGCGCGAGGGCUGUGCAGAACGGGCAGGGGAAUGGGGAGGGGGGGAAGGGUGCUGCCAUCAGUGGGGGUGACUAGUCCCCUAGCAGAGCAGCUUUAGAAAUCAUUUCAAGGAGAGACGACCUAUCUUGUUCCUGACACAAGCUGGGUUUCAAAUGCUCUUUUCUGUCAUGAUUUUUUUUUCUCAUUUUUAAAAGAAGUAUGACCAAGACAACUUGGGAGGUUUGUCUUAUCUUUGACCAUCUUGCUAAUCCAACCAUGUUCUCCAAGGCUGAGCAGAGACGAGCCUCAAGGUACAGAUUUCUGGUGAUGGAAUGAAAAGGUGGUAUCUCAUAUCUAUAGAAGACGAGGAAGAUUCUGGGGGUUCCAGAGUCUUCGUCCAUGGGGUGUGGACCAGUAAGGAUCUGGGCUCAGGAGUCCCCUGCCUCCUCUGCCCUUUGUGUGCACUGAUUGGAGGAGUCCAACUUUGUGAGCCUGGCCGUGUUGGAGUAGGGGGCUGGGGUGAGCUGAAGGGCUUGGUUGUUCCCAGCCUGGGAGUUGGCUCCCGAAGGCACUAGACACUGUCACUUACAGAGCCCCCCUUUUGUGUUUGGUUCUUUCGCAUUCCACGUGCAGCAGACGGAUGGAAGGACCUAGGUCCUGGCUGGACUGUGUAUACUGUGUAUACAUGGGAGCUGGCUGCUGCGGGGACAACAGCCUGCUCCUAAUAAAGUUGUAAGUAUUUAACAUCCGUGUCCUGCUUCCGUGACUUCACCUCAUUUGCGCAGACAUCCCCCAGAUCUGCUGAACUGGUCCAUGUGCCAGCCACGUGCCAGGGGCUACAGUACCACAGCGACAAGGACAGGCACUGUCUCUGUCCCAUGCAGCUGGGGGAGGUAGGGCAAACAGUUGGGAACCAAAGACCCGGAAUAGUGGCAGAUGUGGGAGGUGCAAGGAUCUGUGUACGGACUGUGUAUGGGUGGAGUGACCAGGAAGGCCCAGCAGAGGAUGGGACAUGGCCCUGUUGAGAGGGAUGGGAGUCUUUCUGCAAAGGACAGCAUGCUAGGGCUUGGUGACCAGAAGGAGCAGGUGUGUGUGCAGGAGGGUCUGAAAGAAGGCCCCUCGGGACUGUGGUGAAGGGGGCAAGGCACAAGAAGAGGCUGGAGGGUCCCUUCAGUGGGGUCUCCCAGGUACCUGCCUUAGGAGGAAAUCCUGUUUCCUGAUGGAAGGUAUCCUCCUGUUUGAAGAAUGUUUGCCUCUUCUUAGCUCUGUUUUGGUCUGACAAUGUUAGCAAAUACCUAAGCAGGGGAGUGGUGUGACACGUUUUAAAGAACAUCGACGCGGAGUCCAGAAACUCGCCUUGGUCUUAGAUCGGAGAUCCUCUCCCGGGACCCCCAUUUUCUAUCUGCAAAGUGAGAAAGGUAGAUUUAAUGUUUUAGGGUGCUUCCAGCUUUAACAGUCAGUGUUUCUAAGCACAGUGACGGUUUACACUUUGGCAGAUGAUUGUUUGGUUUUAGUUUGGGAUUCAGAGAAGAACGGGCUUCUUCUCAUGCCUUCCCUGCAGGGCAAGGCCAUGGAGUAAAUAACUUCUUUACAGGCUGAUUGUAGACCUGCGGCCCAGGGCAAGGGUGCCCGAGUAGGAAAUUGGACAAAGCUUCGGCACUUGAUAGAAGGUUCUUGUGGAAGGGGAAGCUAGUCAGAAAAGUCCACUUGACACGAUGACCUAGUUGGAGGCCUGGAAGGGACCAGGAGUGUUGAUGUCUAAGCUGGAAGUCAGCAGCUUCAAAGUCUUUGUAAACCAUCUCAAGACAUUUGGCAUAUUUGGGCUUAUUAUUUUAUUUUUGUUACCCCUUCUGUUUUGUAUUGUAGCGACUGCCAGGAAAACCUUUCUAAGGAAAAUUCCCACGGGUUGGUCUCUGGGUAAAGGAAAAUGGUUUCUCUACUUACAAUGCUUCUGACACCAAAUGUGUGUGUGUGUUUCCCACGCCAACCAAUUUUCCAACUCUCCAGACACCAACUGAGUGUCCUAGAAUUUAAAUCAUUUCUGAUGGUAACUAGCUGGAAUUAGAAUCAGGUUUAAGGGCUCCAUCCCAAGAGACUGCCUUCACCUCGGACACUAGUCAUAAGCAGUGGGUCCCCAGGCUAUCCACAUGUCUGAUGGACAUAGCUACAAAACUGAGUUUUCCCACAGUCCCUGGGGAGAGGUUUUUUUUUGUUUGUUUAUUUUUUUUUUAAGAUUUUAUUUAUUUAUUUGACAGAGAGAGAGAGAGAGAUCACAAGUAGGCAGAGAGGCAGGCGAGAGAGAGAGGGAGAACCUGGGUCCCUGCUGAAAAAAGAGCCCGUGCGGGGUUUGAUCCUAGGACUCUAAGAUCAUGACCUGAGCUGAAGGCAGAGGCUUAACUCACUGAGCCACCCAGGUGCCCUAGAAGGUUUGAUAAUUCGCUGGGUUGGCCCACAAAACAUUUACUUAUGUUCAGUGUUUUAUUAUUCAGGAUAUGAUAAAAGAUACAGAUGAAGAGCCCAGUGAAACAGGGCAAGGUUGGGAAGGGUCCCAGAGUGAAGGAGUUUCUGUCCCUGUGGAGUUGGGCUGUGUCACCCUCCUGGUGUGUUCAUCAAAGCAAAAGCUCUCCAAACCCUGUGGUUUAAGGAUUUGGGGGAAGGCUUUCUCAUAUAGGCAUUCUCAUUUUUAAUGCAAUUUCCAGUCCGCCUCCUCUCCCUGGGGGAUGGGGGUUGGGCUGAAAGUUCUCAGCUAAUCACGUGUUUGUCUUUCUGGCAACAAGUCCCCAUUCUGAAGCUAUCCAGAAGCCCACCCAGAGUCACCUUACUAGGAAAGAACCACUCCUGUCACUCAGGAAACCCAGGCAUUUAGGAGCCCUGUGCUAGGAACCAAGGUCAAAGACCAAACAGAACAAAAAAUGCUGCUCGUUCCCUUAUUACUUAGGAAAUUUAAAAGGCUUUAGAAGUUCAAUGUCAGGAACUAGGCGCAGACAAAUGUGUAUUUCUUAUGUUGUAGGAGCUUAACAAAUAAAAGAGGAAGGAGCGUAGUCGGAGUCCCACCCUGCAGCCAGUUGGGCGGUCCUUGAGAGCCAAAUAAAGUGAGGGGAGAGCAUUUCACACUGGAAGCAUCUGGAGCAGACCACUCUGCCUGGAUUUUUAGGCUUUCUGGAGAAAGAAGGAGUGGUUUCCUAACCUUCUUGGCCUUUGGAGAGAGGCAGGAACCAUUUGCUUUGUCAUCCAUCCUCAGGAGAGGAAUGCUUUCUUGCCCAAGUGGGGAAAUAACCUCCAUAAUUGCAAAAAGGUCUUGACUCCCUGGGCCUCACUCCCCUUGCCCAAUGAGCCCUGGCCGGUCCCCAGCAGGCUGAGCUGGCACGCCAAGGGCAGCGCGUGUGACCCUGAGAGUCUUUCUGUGACUUCUUGGCUUGCAGCCAUCACUGUUGAGUGAGUCAGCCCCGAAGACCGCUGUCCAAGCAACAAAUCGCAGAAAAGCAGAAGGUCUCUUUUCAGCCUCUCCAGACACCACCACAUCACCCCCAGUGAUGGGGUUUGCAGUGACAUGUUGCCGGCUCCCCAUUGUGUGCAGAAUGUUUGGGCAGUGGGGCAGACCCCUUGCUCCCCCAGAAACUCUGCGCUCACUCUUUCUCUCCCACCUCAGCACUUUCUGCCCUGCCCCCUUCAUGCUCUACUUGGAAGCCCUUUCUUUGUUUUGUUCUCCUGUGCUCAUGGUGGUCAGUAAUGUAAAUCACAUUCCAAGCAUUGGCCAGAAUGUUGUUGAGGGAGAUAAGAGUUCCUGGCUUCCAGAGGCAUUCCAAAGAAGAAACAGAACUAUUUGUUCCCAAAGGAGAGCUAUUUUGGCAGAAAGGGCAAGAUAGAGAGGAAGACAGAGGGAAUCUCCUCACGAAGAAUUGGAUUUGGGAAAACGGUGAAAAUAUGGUCACGUGAGUAGUUGGAGGUUGAAAUUUCAGUUGCAUCCCUAAGUUGUUACAAACAGUCUCCUACCUACCCCCUUCCCCUGCCCCAUCUGGGCCACAGUCUUAGACUGUACACACAAUAGUUUAAGCCACUGUGUCUGGGACUUCUGACCAACUGUCCAGAUAACCUUGUGGGACUAGGGGUUCUACUGUCAGCAGGGAACACCUCUCACCUCCAUCAUGGGUGAUCUGGCAGGUACUCAUGUUGUGGUGUUGGUGUUGAGGAUUUUGAGGAAAGAACCUUUGAGAAGCCUAAGGAGAUGUACUCAGGAAGAUGAUGUGCCUCUUCAAGAACCCUUUAUGGACUGGGUCUGCAAUGCCAAGGGAGUCUGGUCCUGAGACAGAUGGCAGAGCCCAUCUUCUCUGGAACUAUGAGGACCCUUUCUCUGUGCAGGCACUGUUGGAGCCUACAAACACAUUUGGCCUUUGUAACCAUCUAAGGGUAGACCAAUCCAGCCUUACAGAUGCUGAAAUCUGGCUUUCAAAACAUGAAGCACCCUGUGCAAAGCCAGCCUAGUGAGUGGGAGCCAGGAUGCAAGAGUGUGUUUGUUUCCUUCCAGAACCAGGCUCUUCACUACUCUGCUGGACUCUCGGAGGCCUUGCCAGCCCCUCUUACAGCAGAGAGACAAUCAACUGUUUCUUUUGUCCCGAAAGAUUUCUUCAAAUGACCUAGGAGCAUGUUCUUGAGGCAAGGUUUUAUGGUUCCUAAAGGACCUCUUAACCCAAACUUGCUCUGAUCCCCAUCAGCUCUUAAUAGGAAGCCUAUUCACUCGAUUGCUUAUUUGGUAUGCUUCCUAGUGGGCCAUCUUUGAGGUUUUUAGGGCCGAUGUUUGGCUCUUGAAAGCACCUUGCCAUCAAAUGAGCCCAGAGUUCAAAGAAGCCCCAGAAGCCUCCAAUGGUUUGAACUAUUUAGAGUGUCAAGGAGGCAGAAAGGAAUGACGAGGAGUAAAACUGGAGUCCAGGAAUCCAUGUCGCUCUUCAUUUUCCCUGGAAACCUCCAGAAGUCUUUCUGUUUCCUCCCUUCACUUCCUUAAAAUGCUUAUUAAGUAUUUAAAACAAACAGAAGGAACAAAGAAUAAGAAAAUGAACCCAAGGGGUGCCUGGGUGGCUCAGUUGGUUAAGCUGGUGCCUUCAGCUCAGGUCAUGAUCCCAGAGCCCUGGAAAUCGAGACCCACAUCAGGCUCCUUGCUCGUCAGGGAGCCUGCUUCUCUCUCUGCCUCUGCCUGCCAUUCUGUCUACUGGUGUGUGUGCUCUCUCUCUCUUUCUCUCUCUCUCUCUCACAAAUACAUAAAUAAAUAAAAUCUUAAAAAAAAAAAAAA